UGUAUUUUGGAUAUUUUGGGGAAAACGCCCCCUUCGUCGAGACAGACAGAAGCAGUGAGCAUCGUAAGAUGUGGCAUUCUGAUUGGCUCGGGCUGUGAUUGACACCUGGAAGGGGCCAAUCAGCUGCUUCGUUUAGUCUGCUGGCAGAAAGUGGGCAGAGUUGCCAAGUUUGUUGUGUUUUUCCGUACACUCAUUCGUUUUGAACACUGAAGUGGAAUAAAAGGUCACAUUUUACGUCCUGGUAAGAAUGCAGUCCUGGUGCUUCCUGCUGCUUCUGCUGCAGCUUCUUCAGCUGAGUGCCGAGUCGCCUCAGGGAAACAAACCAAACAUCGUCCUGAUGAUGGUGGACGACCUGGGAAUCGGAGAUCUGGGAUGUUAUGGUAAUAGGACCCUCAGGACCCCCAACAUGGACCGGCUGGCCCAGGAGGGUGUGAAGCUGACCCAGCACAUCGCUGCAGCCCCCCUGUGCACGCCCAGCCGGGCGGCGUUCCUCACCGGACGCUACCCGAUCCGAUCAGGGAUGGUCGGCCGGAGCCAACCGGGGGUCUUCUUCUUGGCUGGAUCGUCCGGCGGUCUUCCUGCGGAGGAGAUCACCUUCGCCAAGAUCGCCCAACAGCAAGGCUACAAGACGGCGCUGAUCGGAAAGUGGCACCUCGGCCUGAACUGUGAGAGCAGCGAGGAUCACUGUCACCACCCCAGCGCUCACGGCUUCACACACUUCUUCGGCAUCCCCCUCACCAACCUGAGGGACUGCCAGCCGGGACACGGCACCAUCCUCCAGCUGCACUUGUACGUGCCGUGGAGGACGCCGCUGGCGGUCCUGGCCUCGGCGCUGGCUCUGCACUGCAGCGGGCUGGUGCCCGUGAGCAGACGGCUCGCUCUCAUCCUGCUGUCCGUCGCGUUCUCCCUGCUCGCCGUGGUCGUCGGAUUCAUCAGCAUCAUCCCUCAACUGAACUGUGUCCUGAUGAGAGGCCACGCCAUCGAGGAGCAGCCGUUCUCCUCCGAGAAUCUGACUCAGAGGAUGACUGAGGAAGCUGUGGACUUCAUUCAGAGGAAUUCAGAGCGGCCUUUUCUUCUGUUCCUGUCGUUCCUCCAAGUGCACACCGCCAUUUUUGCUUCAGAGGCGUUCAGAGGGACGAGCAGCCACGGCAUCUACGGAGACGCCGUGCACGAGGUGGACUGGAGCGUAGGUCGGAUUGUAGACACACUGGACAGACUCCAGCUGGGAGGAAACACUCUGGUCUACCUGACGUCCGAUCAGGGCGCCCACCUGGAGGAGGUGUCUGCCCGAGGGGAGAUUCACGGGGGAUCCAACGGGAUCUAUCGAGGAGGUAAAGCCAUGAACUGGGAGGGGGGGAUCCGAGUCCCGGGAAUCCUGCGUUGGCCCGGGACGAUCCCGGGGGGCCGAGAGAUUGACGAGCUCACCAGCAACAUGGACGUGUUCCCCACCGUGGUGCAGCUGAUCGGAGCGGAACUGCCUACAGACAGGCACAUCGAUGGGCACAGCCUCAUGGAUCUGCUGCAGAGCAGAGCUGAAACCUCCAAACACGAGUUCCUCUUCCAUUACUGCAACGCCUUCCUGAACGCCAUGCGCUGGAAGCCCGCCAACAGCAGCUCGGUGUGGAAAGCGUUCUUCUUCACUCAGGACUGGAGCCCGCCGGGCGCCGCCGGCUGCUUCCACACUCACGUCUGUUUGUGCACUCCGGCGUACGUCACCUUCCACGACCCUCCGCUGCUCUUUGACCUCUCCAGGGAUCCGUCUGAGAGCACGCCGCUGACCCCGCUCACCGAGCCCACCUUCCACGCCGUCGUGGCGGCGAUGCGCCGGGCGGUGGAGACGCACGAGAGCAGUUUGAUCCCCGUCGAGAGUCAGCUCAGCCUGGAGAAGCUGCUGUGGAAGCCGUGGUUACAGCCCUGCUGCUCCUCCUUCACACAACUCUGCCACUGCGAGGCAGCACCAGUCACCACCGGUCGGGGCUUCAACCCUUGAUUUGAAUCAGAAACAAUCACAAUAAAAGACAUGAUGCAUCAAGAGAGUAGAAUAAAGUAUUACUUUAUUAAUACCAAACUAGAAAACCACAAUUUCCCAGUUUGAGAUUAAUGAAGUAAUACUAUGCUCCCUACUCUCUUGAUGCAUCAUGACUUUUAUUGUGAUUGUUUCUGGUUCAGUAUAAAUGAAAUGUGACCAGAUUUGCAGUUAUUGUCAGCUUCUUUCUUUUCGUCUUGACAAGGUGGUAGUUGUUCCUACAUUUGACCACUGGAGGGCAGGUUUGAUUUUUCCUUCCUCUUUUCAGAUCUGGGGUUGCUUUUUUUGAUUACUUUUGACUUGACUUGGAAAAACAAAUGAAAGACUUGAGGUUCAACUUGGAAGGACUUGACUCGACAGUGUUAUUAUGAAUAUACCGAGAUGAGUGCAAUCUGAGAAUGGCGUUGUUGUGGUUGGAUGAGUGACGCCAUUCUCUGCUUGCCACGUGUUUCGUCCCACUGCCAAUCAGAGGAUGAGCAGAACAGGAAAGGUGGCAGGAUGCUAAAGCUUCACGUCGGAGUUGAUUUAUUAACAUGGUUAAAAAUAGAAACUAAAUUGCGUGUUUCCUAAAUAGUGUUUAGUUAUAUUUGUGGAGAGAAAAAGCAAUCCAUAAAUGCGCAACUGAAUGAGCACGAAAUGUCGAAAUUCACUGAUAAACAUUGAAAUCACUGUACACUUCUACAAGCGCCACUGUUAUAGGUGCUCAGACCUUUUCCACCAAUAAUACCUUCAUACUAUUGACACUGAUGGCAGACAACUGCCCAGAUUUGAUGGAGAAAUGCCGACGGCUCCAGACGGUUCAUAUAAUAUCAAGCACUGACUGAGAGUCACAGGCUUUAUGCUGCACGCUCAUUUUCACAUGCAGUGAAAAUCAAAUCAAGGGCUGAAGAAGUAGGCUUUGCAAUGAUGGAGUACCCAAAUAUGUGGUUAAACCUGUGUAACAUCAGUAUUUAUUUAGGUUUUAGAGUUGACAAAAUAUGAAAUAAAAGACUUAAUGAAGUACUGUUUUUAAAAAUGAAGUACAAGCUGAAACAGUACUAAUAUUGCAGAAAAACAGAUCAUGACAAAAAUGGUUUUAAAAAAUAGCAAAACAAGCACAGAUACUAUGAAAUAACAUAAAUACGUGUUAAAACAGUAUGAAAAACUUGGCCAAGUAAAGGGAUUUAAGACUUGCACACGUGACUUGAUCUGUUGAUACAUAUUUGCUAUAUGUGUAUGUUUGGAUUGCUGUGUGGGCAUUGGGUAUGGAUCUAUUUAUUUCUUAAUAGAUGUUUUUCUUUUUUUCAUGUCUUUCUGUUUUGUUUCAUGUCAUCCAUUUAUCAUGGACUUAACUGACAUGAUAUGAUGAACUGGAAAGCUCCUUCAAAAUUAAAAACCUUGAAUUGG